AUGUCGGGAAUAGGCGCAGAGCUUCCUCCACAUCUUCUAGCGAAACGAAAGCGGCAACAAGACGAAGAUGCGGAUGUUGCACCAACCACAGCUUCCGGCGCAAAGCGAGCUUCGAGUCCAGAUGAGCCAGACAAACGACAAAGAGUUAUAGGACCGGCCAUGCCACCUGCACCUCUUGACCAAAGACCAAGUCAUCCGCCAAAUACUAUCGAAGAUGACAGUAGCGACGAGGACGACGACUUUGGACCAGCAUUACCCACGGGCGAUGCCAUCAGCAACGACAACGACGACCACACACAGAACGCAGUCUCAGAUGCACCACAAGCUGAGGAGAAGCUGAAAAGAGAUGAUUGGAUGAUGAUGCCUCCGAAGCAGGACGAUCUCGCAGCGAGAAUGGAUCCCUCGGUGCAGAGACCGCGAGGAUUCAAUACUGGCAAAGGUGCCAAGGCACCGAACACUGGGGGAGACGAUAGUUCAAUAUGGCAUGAGACACCGGAGCAGAAGAGAAAGCGCCUGGCGGACGAGAUGAUGGGAGUUGGCACAACUUCGACGACAACACGGCCGAAUCCAGCCAAGAUCUCAAAGAAGACUGGAGCGCAUGAGAAGAUACAGGAGCAUAUGGAGAAGACACGAGGGCCAUCUCUCAUGGAUCAACAUGCGAAGACGAAGGGCGUCGAGGCAGAAGACGAUCCCAGCAAGCGAGCAUUCGAUCGCGAGAAGGACAUGGGAAGUGGAGGUCGUAUAUCGACGACUCAGAAGCGAGAGAUGCUCAACAAGGCUGCUGGUUUCUCGGACAAGUUUUCAGGGGGAUCGUACCUGUAG